AAUAUUUUCAUAAAAAAAUUCUAGUACGCUUUACUAGUGAAACAAAAAAUAAUUUAUGUCUGAUUUAAGAAGAAUACUACAUGCUCAUCAUGGCAAACCACCUGGACGAGUUUUUGGUCUAGCAAAAGAUUUCAGCCCUAUCAAAUGGUCAGAAUACUUUGAAAAAGAGGAACUUAUUCAGUUAGCAAAUGGUGAAUUUCAUGUUUACACCAAAGGUAGCGAAGGGCCAAUUUUACUUUGUCUUCAUGGCGGUGGCUAUUCUGGAUUGACUUGGGCAUUAUUUGCACAAGAAGUAACAAAGAUGAUAAAUUGCCAAGUCGUAGCACUAGACUUACGAGGUCAUGGAAAUACGUCUACCAACGACGACUCUAACCUAUCAUUGGAAAUGUUAUCAAACGAUGUCGUGGAUAUGGCUGCAAAAGUGACUGAAAGAAAUACAUCCCCAAUAAUAUUGUUAGGUCAUAGCAUGGGAGGUGCUAUAGCUGUAGAGGCUGCUUACCACAUUGAAGCUGUUGUAGGACUUUGUGUCAUUGAUGUGGUCGAAGGAACAGCUCUUGAUGCAUUGUCAUCUAUGCAAAGUAUUAUUAGAGGAAGACCAACUCAAUUCAAGAGUCUUCAGCAUGCUAUCCAGUGGUAUUACAAAAGAGGCAAAACUCAUAAUAUUGAGGCAGCUAGAGUAUCUAUGCCUGGACAAUUAGUUAGAGUAAAAACCGGUAAGUUGGCUUCAAAUGAUUGUAACGCUGAAGAACCAGUAGCUUCUUCUGCUAAAGAAAUACCAUCCACUUGUUCCAUCGAAGAUAUUAUCGAAGUUAACGAAGCAGAAGAUGGCAUCUGUAGCAUUAGUGGAAAACCUCCACUUCCACAAUCACAAAAUACUGAAACAUUCAAAACUCCAAUCUCUGUCAGGACAGAACAAGAUGGCGAACCAUAUACAUGGCGGAUUGACCUCAGCAAAACCGAAAAAUUUUGGCCAGGCUGGUUCAAGGGACUUUCACAGAAGUUUUUAGAUCUCCGCAUUCCGAAGCUGCUUCUAUUGGCGAACAUACACGGGCUGGAUACUACUUUAACAGUUGGGCACAUGCAAGGCAAGUUUCAAUUUCAAGUACUGGCGAAGUCUGGACACGCUAUUCACGAGGACCAACCACACCAAGUUGCUGAAAUAGUAAGCGGAUAUUUGGUGAAGCAGAGGAUAGCGACGCCAAAAUCAAAUUUCGUUCAUACCAGUUUACCAGCAUGUUAAAUACUUUUUACGAGGAAUAGACAAAUUGGUAUUAUAAUAAUAGUCUCCAUUUUAUACCGCUGACGCGUCGUUAGGAUUAUAGCAGAGUAGUCUGCUAUAUCUA